GCCACCAUGGCCCAGAGCGAGCAGGAGCUGCCCGAGGGCUUCCGGCAGCUGAAGACGCAGGUGGCGGGCCACACAUUCGAGGAGAGCAACGCGGAGGCAGUGGGUCUCCUGCAGGAUUCCAGGGCGGGAUGCGUGCUGAAGCCGCUGGGGAAGCCAGAGUGCGGCGAACGGGAGCUGCGCUUCUAUGAGUCACUGGCCUCGGGUGACAAUGACCUUGCCCUGCUCCGCGGUCACGUCCCCCGGUUUUACGGCCCCCUCAAACUGGUUGUGAAUCGGCGCGAGCGCACGUUCCUCCGCCUGGAAGAUCUCACGCGUGGGAUGCGCCAGCCGUGCGUCAUGGACGUCAAGAUGGGUAAACGAACCUGGGACCCGGCAGCGUCGCUCAACAAGCGGAAGCUGGAGGAGGCCAAGUAUGUGAAGUGCAAACAGGAGCUGGGUCUUUGUUUACCCGGUUUCCAGGUGUACAGGCCAAGCAGAUCGGAUGAGGAGCAUCCCAAGGAAGCGACAAUCCUGCGCCACGGCAAGGACUAUGGGAAAAGCUUAAGCGUAGAGGGAUUCAAGCAGACGAUGGCCUUGUUCUUCAACAUCUCCAGGGAUUCCAGGAACAGGAGAGCGGGCACCGAGCUGCUGCUCAACGAGGUGCUCCGCCAGCUGCAGGAGAUCCUCGCGUGGUUCCAGCGGCAGCGCCAAUUGCAUUUCUACGCCAGCUCCCUGCUCAUCUGCUACGAUUACGCGCGACUGGGGAAUCCGCCGAUGAGCCAGUCGCUGCUCAAUGGCCACCGCAGCAAGGAGGACGAUCCCGCCAGCUGGGUGCAGGUCCGGAUGAUUGACUUUGCCCACGUCUAUCCGGCGGAGCAGGGUCAGCCGGAUGAGAACUACAUGUUCGGCCUGCGCAGCCUGAUCCAAGUUGUCCAGUCAAUACUCCACCGAUGAUCAAUACUCGCCAACGGGGACCAAGAAGUAGACGGAGAGAAGAUGAUGUUCCAAUCUCAACGCAAUGAGAUACUUUUGUAUUAUCGCCUAAGCCAAAAGAUUAGUCCACAGUAGACGUGCCCACCUGUUGAGGGUUUGGGGAGCUACUCUAAAACGUAGAAUAAAACCCGGUUUUUUUACAAA